AUGGAAGUCGAUAGCGACCCCCGUCUCGAUAUCUUAAAGCCUUACAACGCCUACGAUCUACAGCAGGAGUUCGAGGAUGAUUCACCGCUAGAGGCCUACACGCGCCUCUGCGCUCAGCACGAAUGCAAGCCGAACUCGCACGUCUCCAGGCUUCUCUCGAACACGGCCAACGGUUGGGAUACGCUUAGUGUGCUCGACGUAUCCAAAACCUAUAUCGGACCGAAAGGCUUCAUCUCACUCAUCAACUUAUGUUGUCGUCUCUCGUCGUUGCGAAGGCUUUGCUUGGCGGAUAAUUUCCUCCAGAAUGAGUCCAUCUGGCACCUUGCGGGGAUGGCCAUGCACCAUCCCACGCUUACCGAGAUCGAUAUUAGCCAGAAUGAGUUUAUUUCAUGGACGGGGGGGAUGUGUAUCGCGCAGGCGCUGUUGGGUAACGUGCAGAUCACCUCGAUUUGGCUGUACCAAACCGCCAUCCCACCAAGCGUCGCGCAGGGUAUUUUCCAGCAAACCCGACGAAAUGCCGUUGCGAUGUUUGUAGCACAAGGGGGGUGUCGGAAUCCCGGGGAUCAUGCUCAACUUAUCAAGCUGCGAGCGAUCCAGCGUUUUUUUGAGGCCAUGCAAGGGGAGGACCGCUGCAUCGCGAAAGACGCCCUCGAGUCUGGAUUUAAGGAAAGGCUACGCAUUGAAGGGAAGGACCUCACCGCGUACGACUACACGGCAGAUUUCAUGGCUUCCCUAAACGAACGCGAGCCGCCUGAAAGGGUCUCCUGGGAUGCGUUCAUUGUCCUUGUGAUGCUGGAAGGGGUGAAGUACUCCUCGACAUUAGUGUCGGCGCUUCGAAAAGUUUUUUUAGAGUUCGAUGUCUGUUACCUAAAGGCCGUGGAUGCCAUUGGGGUCAAUGGCUACGUUGAGGUAAGGUCUUUCGCCGAUAUAUACGUAAGACUUUAUGAGCAAAAGCCGGAGGAAGAGGAUAUAACUUACUUGCAAGACCUCUUGGGUUUGACAAACGGCCAAACAGUUGAUUGGUCUGAGUUCUUGUAUAUCUGGUAUCACCGACGGCUGCAGGCUGGAAAAAGGAGCGUUGGAAGUACUCUCACGCCUCUCUCACGGACCACUUUUCUUUGGCAUUACUAA